AUGGACGGCGACACGACCGAGAUCCUCUCCGCGCCGCCAGCGCCGGCAGGCGCGCCGGGUCCCCCUUCCCACGAGGAUCUGACGCCCAAAGAGCAGGCUGUGCUCGAAGAAUACGAACGUCUAGCUGAGAACAUGAAGAAGCUCGCUGCUCUCCUCGACGACCUGGCCGGCCGGCCGGCAACAGAAACGCUCGACGGGCUACGGGAACUGGAGCGCAAGACAAGUCUUGUGUUUACGCUGCUCAAGGCGAGUGUGUACAGCAUCGUGCUGCAGCACCAGAUUGACGGCGGUGAGCAGUAG